AUGAUCUCCCACAUGGAUCAGAAGGAGGAACUGUGGUUCUCCCACCUCCACGCCUACAAAGGGAAGACCGUUCUGAGUGGCACCUGUCCAGCUGAAGAUGGGAUUGUGAGCAAGAAAGAGGAAAAUGCCCACCAAGGCAUCCCCGGGCCAGUGGAGCCCAAAGGUUUACUCUUGGGACUCUCUAAGGAGAACAGUUCCCAGAGUCCUGCACAGGACCCAGUCCUCCCACGCAGGUCAGAAAGGGUUCAGAGACCUCUGGGGAAGAGACAAAGCCGAGUGAUGCUGCGUGGAAAAAGUUUCAGGAGGCUGCCAGAUAUUAUCCAGCAGAGAAAUCCUUCUGUGGGGAGACUGACGAUAUGUGGGGACUGUGGGAAGAGCUUCCGGGUGAGCUCCAACCUCGUCCAGCAUCGGAGAAUCCACACUGGAGAGAAACCCUUUGCCUGCACCGAGUGCGGGGAGAGUUUCCGGCAGCGGUCGCAUCUCAUCCAGCACCAGAGAAUCCACACAGGGGAGAGGCCCUACAAGUGCUCUGAGUGUGGAAAGAGCUUCAGCAUGAGCUCAAAGCUGAUCCGGCACCAGGUAACCCACACCGGCGAGAAGCCCUACAAGUGCGCCGAGUGCGGGAAGAGCUUCUCCGGGAACUCGCAGCUCAUCCAGCACCAGCGAGUGCACACCGGUGAGAAACCCUACGAGUGCAGCGACUGUGGGAAGAGCUUCAGUGUGAGCUCAGCCCUGACACGUCACCAGCGGGUCCACACCGGGGAGAAACCCUACGAGUGCACAGAGUGUGGGAAGAGCUUCAGCCAGAGCUCCGAGCUCCCGGGGGAGAAGCCAUACGAGUGCUCCGAGUGCGGGAAGAGCUUCACCGUGAGUUCAGCCCUCAUCCAACACCGGCGUUUCCACAUGGGUGAACGCCCCUACGGGUGCACGGAGUGUGGAAAGAGCUUCACUGUGAGCUCCCACCUCAUCCAGCACCGCCGCUUCCACACCGGGGAGCGCCCCUUUGAGUGCACCGAGUGCGGGAAGAGCUUCCUGUGGAGAUCAGCCCUGCUCCGGCACCACCGGGUCCACACAGGGGAGAGGCCCUACGCCUGUGCUGACUGCGGGGACAGCUUUCGGCAGAGCGCCCACCUCAUCCAGCACCGGCGCAUCCACACCGGGGAGCGUCCCUACGCUUGUGCCGACUGCGGGAAGGGCUUCACCGUGAGCUCUGCACUCCUCCGCCACCAGCAGAUCCACAGGGGUGGGGAGCCCUAG